UCUCUCCUCUCUCCUCUCUCCUCUGUCUGUACCCUAAAACCAAUAAAAGGGACACCCAUUUCCCACAUCACAAGCCGCUCUCUUGCAGCAGUCUUUUCAAUCCAACUUAGAGAGAUAGAGAGAGAGGGAGAGACUGGUUCAUUUGUUAUUUGUCUUAUUUCCUUUUCACUCUUUGUUUCUCAAUUCAAUCUUUGAACACAGAAAUCGUUGAUUUUUCAUCUAUUUAUUAUCUAAAACAAUCAGUUGAAUGAAAACCAUGUUCUCUUUUUCCAUUUUAUGAUAUGUAUUAUUAAAACACAGAGAGAGAAGCACACGAAUUUAGAGAGAGAGAGAGAGAGUUUUGAGGUGUUGAAAUGGCACCCAGUUUUGAUUGUGCGGUAUUAAGCCUUCUCUGUGCAGAAGACAACAGCAGCAUUUUUGACGAUGAUGAUGUUGCUAAUGGGUCUCUGGGGGAGGACUUUGAACCCACUUGGAAUCAUAGAAAUCACCGAAUGAGUAAUCAAAACCAGGGCUUUGAUGGUGGAGAGUCCUUGAAUGGGUUACCGGUUCAGACUGAUGAGUGUUUGGCUUUAAUGGUCAGAAGGGAGUGUGAGCAUUUGCCUAGUGGUGAUUACUUGAACAGGUUGAGGAAUGGGGACUUGGAUUUGGGGGCCAGAAUGGAGGUUGUGGAUUGGAUUUUCAAGGUUCAUGCCCAUUUCAGUUUUGGACCUCUAUGUGCAUAUUUAUCCAUGAACUACCUGGACAGAUUCCUUUCUGUCUAUGAAUUACCAAAGGGUAAAGCUUGGAUGAUGCAGUUGUUGGCUGUAGCCUGUUUAUCUCUAGCAGCCAAAAUGGAGGAGACUGAAGUCCCUUUAUGUCUAGAUUUACAGGUGGGUGAAGCAAGAUUUGUGUUUGAAGCUAGAACCAUUCAGAGAAUGGAGCUUCUGGUUUUGAGCACAUUGAAUUGGAGAAUGCAAGCAAUCACUCCAUUCUCCUUCAUAGACUACUUCCUUAGCAAGAUCAAUGGUGAUCAAACCCCUCCAAGAUCUGCAAUCUCUUGGUCAACCCAACUCAUUUUAAACACAAUAAAAGGGAUUGACUUCUUGGAAUUCAAGCCUUCUGAGGUUGCAGCAGCAGUGGCAAUGUCUGUGGCUGGAGAAACUCAAACAGUGGACACUGAGAAAGCAAUUUCUGUUCUCAUACAACAUGUAAAAAAGGAGAGAGUGGUGAAGUGUGUUGAACUGAUCCAUGAGUCAUCAUUAUUGUCAAGUGGGGCUUUCAAGGGCCCAAGUGUUGCAGUCCCAUCUGUGCCCCAUAGUCCAAUUGGUGUCCUGGAUGCUGCAUGCUUGAGCUAUAAAACUGAAGAUACAACAGUUGGUUCAUGUGCAAAUUCUUCUCAUAAUAGCCCAGACCCUAAAAGGAGGAAGCCAAACAGACCCUGUGAAGAAGUGGAGGAGCUUUUAUGGGACUUGAGGUGAACUUUUCACCCAAAUCCAAUCACUUUGAUUUACUUCUCUGGUGUGGUUUUGAAGAUGCCUCCCAAAAAAAAAAAAAAAAAACAGAAAAAAAAAAAGCGGUGCAAAGAAGAGUUGAAUAAGUUUGGUCAUGGAAUCAAGAGGUUACAUGUUCUUGGCAUGAAACAACCUAGAGUCACUGGCCAGCUGUUAAAUAUUAGAUUCCUUAGCAGCUAUAUGGUCCUAUUGACAAGGAAGGGAGUUGGGGAAAGGAAAAAAGAUGGGCUUUGUUUGGUGGAUACAGUUUGUUUAGGCAAGGAUAAAGAAAAGAGAGAGGAGCAAGGAAAAAGGAGGCAUGAUGAAGGAAAUUUGGGGGGUGGUUUUAUUUUAUUUUAUUUCAAAUUUUAUGUUCAUUUUUUAUUUGUUUUUUUCUGUAAACGAAAAAGGCUGUCCCUUUGUGGGAACCAAAAAGAGAGUGCCAAACAAAUGGCAAUGGAAAGAGAAAAAAGAAAAAGGAGAAAGAAUAUUUAUGGGUUUUUUUUAUAUUACUUGAUUAACUUUAAAAAGCAAAAAAUUUCCUAGUAUAAUUUUUUAUUUUUUAUUUAUUUUUUUAUUAUUAUUUUUUUUUAAGGGACUGUGAAGUGUGGGUUUCACAUCACCACCAUUUGAGAUAGUGUUAAAGAAAUCUGUCACAUAGGACUACUUAAAUGCAAUACAUAAACCUUUGCCUAUUUUAUAUAAUAAAUUAGAGAGAGAUGGAGACCUCGCCAUAAAGAAUCCUUGAUCUUGCAAGUAUGGAUAUUAUUCAGUAUUCACCCUAAAGACCUUUAAAAGUUGCAUCAAUUUAAGAGGGUAUAGCCAUUUCUGCAAUAUGGCUUGCCAAUUAUUCAAAGAUAAAAAAGGGUUAGUUCACCGCACCAGAUUCUUUCACACGGGAUAGAAGGUGUUCCUAUUUUGAACU